AGUCGAUGAAUCGCGAGAUCCCGAAAUUUUGAGCUGCUCGGCCACCACACAUCACAAUGAGUGCCCGCACAACUUCAGAUGUAGCACGCAAAGCUACGAGGGCAAUUGGGAAGAGCAAGCCUUCACCCACAGCUCUAGGACCGCGGAGGAAGAGAGACUAUGGACGACAAAUAUUCGUCUUCAACCAUCUACAGAAGAACAUGAUCGUCUACUCCUUGACCAAGGCUCUACGGAACAAUGCCGCUCUAAACCAAAUCCCCUUCAACGGCAAGAAAACCGUUCCCGCGGCCCUACGAAAAGACCUCUGGCACCCCUUCGCGCAAAUCACCUUCCCGGAAGGAAAAGGCUUCGUCGGACUCUCCGCCUUCCAAAAACUGCGCGAAUACCGGAAACGCCACGAACUAGAAUGGGGCGACGAGAUCUUCCUGGACAAAGAAGGGAAGCAUGUCAACAAGGAGAUCAGAGGGAGACAGAUCUGUGACCAAAAAGCGAACAGUGUGGCAGAUAUGGCUGCGGUGCUGGGGAGAUUGGCGUUGAAGGAUAAGCCGACGCCUGAGAUUGUUAAUGGGAGGAAGAUUUGGCCGCCCAGGAUUGGGCUGAAACGGGAGGGCCAGGGUGUGAAUGUGCAGGUGUUGUGGAGGGAUUUGACGGAUGCUGAGUUUGCGGAGACGUGGGCUGAGAAUGUGGAGCAUGGUGUGCUGCCGAUGCAUACCAAUCAUCGGGAUCCGAACAGAGUAUGGGGAUAUGGGAGGAUGACAGGGAGGACGAAGGAGGUGGAGGAACAGGAAAUCAUUCCUGAAGUGGUCUCGGAACAAGUCGUCACAGAAAAGGAGCCAGAGAAAGUUGUGUUGUAAAAUAUGUAUAGACACUUUGCAUAACAGGCGUCAUAGAAAUAUAUAUGUAUUGAUAUAGGGUUGUGGACAUAAUGACCAGCAAUCCCAGUCCGCUUU